GUCGCGUUCUAAAUUCGAAUUUCGCGCCAAAUACGCGUAUACUUUUUAAAUUUUUUUUACGUGUGUUUUCAUUGUAAUGAAAUUGUGGUUGGAUUAAUGUGUGCGAGUGAGAAGAAUAUGGAAACGAGCGAGGAAACGGGACGGAGCGUUCCCCACACCCCCGCUCAGCCCAACGGCUCCAAUAAGAUAAUCGGACGCAACGUGAAUGGGACCAUCGUGGUGACGUCAGCCCCCGCGAACGAAGCAGAGCUCCAGCUAUACAGAGUCAUGCAGAGGGCGAGCCUCUUGGCCUACUACGAUACGUUACUAGAAAUGGGUGGCGACGACGUCCAGCAGCUUUGCGACGCCGGCGAAGAGGAGUUUCUGGAGAUCAUGGCCCUCGUCGGCAUGGCCUCCAAGCCCCUCCACGUCAGAAGACUCCAGAAAGCCCUCCAGGAGUGGGUGAACAACCCAGCCCUCUUCCAAAUCCCCAUUGUCCCCAACCUCUGCCCCACCGAAAACCCCUUCAUGCAGUGCAACCAAAGACUUCUAAAUAUCCCCCCCUCGAUGCCCAGUUUGCCAAGAUCCGUCGCGUCUCCGGAUAAUAACCGCCCAAUGUAUAGUCCUUCCCCCGGCGCGCCGGAUAAUAGUUGUGGGUCGAACGCGUCCAGGGAAGUCAGGCAGUCGGUCAGCCCCGUCCAGACCUUCACCAAGAUUGUCCUACCCCCGUCUCCGGCCGCGCCCGUCACCACAACAGCCCGAGCCUUCUCCCCCCAAAGCGCGUGUCCCCCCGCGUCGUCAGGGUCUAGUCCAAGCUCGGUCACUUCCCCCCAACUCACCCCCAUCCUCCUGGACGUCCACGUUCAAAAGCUGGCCUCAGCGGCGGAGAAACUUAGCAAACAUCUGCCCCAGUUGGAGCCGAAGCCCCAGAAUACCAAGAAAAAGAUGUGCAAGGACCUGGAACUGGUGAUGAUGAUGCCGGAGUCCGAUCCGCGGAGGAUGGAGGAGAUCAGGAAAUAUGCGGCCAUCUACGGCAGGUUUGACUGCAAGCGGAAACCGGAGAAACCGCUGACGUUGCAUGAGGUGAUGGUGAACGAGGCGGCGGCUCAGAUCUGCCGCUGCGUGCCGGCGCUGCUCACACGGCGCGACGAGCUGUUCCCGCUCGCCAGGCAACUCGUCCGCCGCGCCGGCCUGCACUACUCCAAACACGGGUUACCACCAACGCCAUCUACCGACGAGAGGGGCGACGACGACGAGACCCCCAGCAAGCGACCGCGGCAGGACGACGACGGUAGCGUACGGACCAGUCCGGAGAACGCAAGAAGUUCUAGUCAUAGUUGGUGGGGCAUGAAGACUGAGAGCGAUGACGCGGACUCGCGCUGCUCGUACUCCAGCACCAGCACGCCGCCGCCGGACUCGGAGGAGUCUCGGCCGCAGGUGGUGGCGGCGCGCGGCGACAGCAUCAUCGCCGUGGCCAACCCCGCCCUGCACCCCCCGCACCCCCCGCCUCACCCCGCCCGCAACCACUCCAACUAGCGACACCUGUCAACCUAAACUGUCUGAGACAAGUAGCGACAUCUGUUAACGUAUCUAAUGAACUGUCAACGAUGUGGCGACACCUGGUGACACGUAUAGUAAACUGUUGAUAUCAAGUAGCGAGAUCUGUUGACACGUAUAGUAAGGGCCGAAACGCACCGGAAUGGCAACGCA